AUGAAAAUUUCCAAACAAUGGAGACAAGUAUCGUUUCAAAUUCCGCUCUCGUUAACAUUCCUAUCCACUCACUUCAAACAAGUUUCUGAACCAACCAAACUUUUAGCUAAUUGUGAAUGUUUGAAGAAUUUGACUUGUUUGAAUUUGUACCUCACGAGAAUUGACAAUGACGGUGUCAAAUAUAUUGCUGCGAGCAAAUAUUUGAAGAAUUUGACUUCUUUGAAUAUGAAACACAAUCAAAUUGGCAGUGAAGGAGUCAAAUAUAUUUCUAUGAGCGAAGGUUUAAAGAAUUUGACUUCUUUGGAUCUUGAUUACAAUCAACUCGGUAAUGAAGGAGUCCAAUAUAUUUCUAUGAGUGAUUGCUUGAUAAAUUUGACUUGCUUAAAUCUGAAACACAAUCAAAUUGGCAGUGAAGGAGUCAAAUAUAUUUCUAUGAGCGAAGGUUUAAAGAAUUUGACUUCUUUGGAUCUGAAUAACAAUCAAAUUGGCAAUGAAGGAGCCCAAUAUAUUUCUACAAGUGAUUGUUUGAUAAAUUUGACUUGCUUAAAUCUGAAACACAAUCAAAUUGGCAGUGAAGGAGUCAAAUAUAUUUCUAUGAGCGAAGGUUUAAAGAAUUUGACUUCUUUGGAUCUUGAUUACAAUCAACUCGGUAAUGAAGGAGUCCAAUAUAUUUCUAUGAGUGAUUGCUUGAAGAAUUUGACUUCUUUGAAUAUGAAACACAAUCAAAUUGGCAGUGAAGGAGUCAAAUAUAUUUCUGUGAGCGAAGGUUUGAAGAAUUUGACUUCUUUGGAUCUUGAUUCCAAUCAAAUUGGAAGAGAAGGAAUGAAAUAUAUUGCUGCGAGCAAAUAUUUGACGAAUUUGACUUCUUUGAGUUUGAAUAGAAACCGAAUUGGCAAUGAAGGUGUCAAACAUGUUUCUACAAGUGAUUGUUUGCAGAAUUUGACUUCUUUGAGUUUGAAUAGAAACCGAAUUGGCAAUGAAGGAGCCCAAUAUAUUUCUACAAGUGAUUGUUUGAAAAAUUUGACUUCUUUGAGUCUGAGACGCAACCGAAUUGACCAUGAAGGAGUCAAAUAUAUUUCUACAAGCGAAUGUUUAAAGAAUUUGACUUCUUUGGAUCUUGAUGAUGAUGUAUAG